AUGGAGUUUGUGGGGAGGACAGUUAGGAAAGAGGUGAAGGGGGUUGGGUUUAUCUCGGGAACAGUGAAAUCCUAUGACCCUUCCUCUGGUUUUUUCGAGAUCGUCUACGAAGAUGGUGAUUCUGAGGAGUUGGAGUCAUCUGACGCGACUUCUCUCUUGCAAUUCCAACCGGAGAGUGUCAAGGCUAAGCCUCGGGUUGGUCGGAAACCUAAGAAGCGCCGCCGCUUUGAGCGGAAGAGUGAUGCUGGAACCUGUCCGGGCAAUGUUAGCGAGAAUUUGGUGGGGGAAGGUAGUGAUAUUAGGGGGGUUUUGGAUGAAGAUGUUUCUUCUGCCAGUGGUGGGGAUUUGGAUUUGGAUAGUGGGGGGUCAGAGAGAGUCUUGGAUGGUAUAACUGGGAAUGGAGGGAAUCUUGAGGGCAAUGUUAGUGGGACUGUGGAGACAAAUGGGGGUAGAGAAACUCUUAGAGAGGAGAUUGGUUUAGAAGAUAGAUUGAACAAAAGUUUAUCCGGUAAUGGUAGUUGUGUUAAAGAUGGACUUGAUUUGAAUGCUAGGCUUAAUCUAGAUGAGGAUUUAAAUUCAAAUGAUGGGUGUAAUUUGCCUCUUGACACUGGUUUGAAGAGAAGAGAUUGCAUUGAUUUAAACUUGGAUGUGAGUAAUGAGGAUGAUGUUGGCCUGAAUGUGGGUCACUUGGGUAGUUUGGUAGGGGAGGUAAUGCAGCGGGAAUGUAACUUUGAUUUGAAUGUGGAGGUAGAAUGUGAAGAAGGUAAGGAAACUAGAUGUCCUGACGAAGGAAAUGGACAUUCUGGUGUGGCUGAUGUCUUGUUUGGUAAGAUGGGGCAAUUGCAAAGGGAAGAGGUAAAUGUUAAUAAUAGUUCUGUGGAAGAUAAUGUUGUCAACUGUAAUUUGAAUCAUACCUUUGAUGCUGUCUCUGAGGGAAUUCAUGUUUCUCCUGAUCGUCAAGCUAAAGAUGUUUCUUUGUGUUUGGUUGAGGAAAAUGGAGGUGAUGAUGGCACAGAGGACACGGAAACCAUUAAUUCUCAUCAGAUUUCAAAUGCAAUUUCGCUUAGGGAUUCUAAUUCUGGAGAGGCUCAGCAAGUUGAUUGUCCUUCUGAAGGUGGCAUUGCCAUAACUCAUGAAUACCAAGAUGAUCCAGGAAGUCCAUGCAAACAAGAAAAAUUCCAAGAGGUUCCAGGAAGUCCAUGCAAACAAGAAAAUUUCCAAGAUAUUCCAGGAAGUCCAUACAAACAAGAUAAUGGCAGAAGGAAAAGAAGAAAAUUAUCAGAUAAUCCCGAAGGCACACCAGAGACUGUAUUAAGGAGGAGUUCUCGGCGGGCAUCAGCUAGAAAACGGCUUUCAAGCACCAUACUAGUGGAGGUGGCUGGUGAUCCUUUGUUAAGCUUGGGAACCCGUGCCUUAACAGAAGAAAAGCCUUUAAUCCGCGAUUCUCAGAAACCUGAGCAAUAUAAUGAUUCUGGGAGAUACGAACAAUACAACAAUCCUCUUCCAAAGCUGCAAUUGCCCCCAUCUUCCAGAAAUUUGAAUUUAGAUGGUGUUCCUGUUCUUGAACUUUUUUCUAUUUAUGCUUGUUUAAGAUCGUUCAGUACUUUAUUAUUUUUGAGUCCAUUUGAGUUGGAGGAUCUUGUAGCUGCACUGAAGUCUGAAAUCCCAUGUAUAUUAUUUGACAAUAUUCAUGUUUCUAUUUUGCAAACUCUGAGAAAGCAUUUGGAAUACCUUUCCAGUGAGGGUAGCCAAUCUGCAUCCAAUUGCCUGCGGAAUCUUAACUGGGAUUUUUUGGACCUGGUCACAUGGCCUAUUUUCAUGUCCGAGUACCUUCUGAUCCAUGGCUCAGGAUUUAAAACUGGUUUUGAUCUUAAACAUCUAAUGUUCAGAACUGAUUACUACAAACAACCUGUAAUGGUGAAGGUCGAGAUUCUUCAGUAUCUGUGUGAUGAUAUGAUUGAAUCGGAAUCCAUAAGGUCAGAGCUUAACAGAAGAUCUUUGGUGACCGAGAACGAAAUGGGUUUUGAUCAGAGUAUGUAUUUUGACGCUUCCAAGAAAAGAAGAGCUGUAAUGGAUGUGUCUGGUGGCUCCUGCUUGACUGAGGAGAAUGUGGAUGACACAACUGACUGGAACAGUGAUGAAUGUUGCCUGUGCAAGAUGGACGGUAGUUUAAUAUGCUGUGAUGGGUGCCCUGCAGCAUUUCACUCACGAUGUGUGGGAAUUGCCAGUGACAAACUUCCUGAAGGUGACUGGUAUUGCCCUGAGUGUGGAAUUGGCAAACACAUGGCUUGGACGAAAUCACGAAGGUCACUUCGAGGAGCAGACUUAUUAGGGAAGGAUAUGGAUGGCAGUAUCUAUUUCAACAGCUGCGAUUACCUGUUAGUGUCAAACUCAUCGGAAGCAGGGUCAUUGUUCAAUUACUACCACAGAAAUGAUAUACCUGGAGUAAUUGAAGCUCUAAAAUCUAUGAAUCCUUUAUAUGAAGGCAUACUAAUGGCUAUCUAUAAGCAUUGGGAUAUCAGAGCUAACUUGAGUGUGGGGGAUAGUGUUUUCAAUCAAAGUUCCAGCAAGGACAUGUUGAUGAAAGGAGAAUAUUCAACUAUGCAUACAUCUUUUACUUCAGAGGCAUGUCUGGACAAGAAUCAGGCUAAUGGUCAAAGAAAGUUGGACGAAAAUUCAACUAUUGACUGUUGUAUGCAACUCGCCCAAGAGUUCCCAAAAGUUGGGAACCUCAUAGGCUCAAUGACCACCAUAGAAAGUCCUUGUGUUGCUUCAGAUGGAUCAGCUGAUACCACACAGAUGAGAACAGGCAUCGACAAUGUUCAGAUAUAUGGGUUCAAUGAUUCCGAUAGAUGUAAUGAAUCAUUGAAUCGGUCAGGAAUUCCAGAAAGACGUAAUCCUGUUGGUGACUGUUCUUUGACAUCUUCCAGCUUGGAUGUGGGACGUAAAAUAAACUUAAGAUCUGUAGGUGCCAGCAGUACCCCCUCCAUGGACAAUAUGGAUACUUCAGAAGCACCUCGUGGAAUCGACUACAUAAACUAUUAUAGCUUUGCCCGAACAGCUUCAUUUGUUGCACAGGAGUUAAUGUGUAAGUCACCUGAAAAGAUGAAUAAGGUUUUUGCAAUGUCUGAAGAAGAAAUUAUUUCAGACCAAGCAAAGGUCAUUAUGAAGAAGUCUACUAACUUUUGUUGGCCAAGUAUUCCCAACUUGGAUGCAGUUUCCCAAAAAGAAAAAUGUGGAUGGUGCUUUACUUGCAAAGUUGCUAAUGAAGACAGGGAUUGUUUGUUUAAUUCAGUUGUGAAGCCUGUUUGGGAAGUGUCUAAUAGCACUUUAGUCGGUCUUCAACCCAGGAAUAUUCAGAAUGGACAUCUUAGAGAUAUCAUAUGUCUUAUCUUCUCUCUUGAGGUCCGAUUACGUGGGCUUUUGUUGGGUCCAUGGUUGAAUCUGCAGCAAACUAAUCUUUGGCAUAAUGAUCUUUUGAAGACGUCUGAUUUUCAUCAUGUUAAACAAUUAUUGCUUCUUUUAGAAUCCAAUUUGCGGCCAUUUGCUCUUUCGCCAGAUUGGUUAAAGCAUGUGGAUUCUGUUCCUACAAUGGGAUCCGCCAUUCAUAUUGUGGUCAAUUCAUCACGCUCAUAUUCCAGGCAUGGUAUUGGAAAGAAAAGGGCCAGGUAUUCGGAUACUGAAACUAGUUCAUCUUCAAACAGCGCUAGUGGUUUGGGGAUGUAUUGGUGGAGAGGUGGCAGGCUUUCCCGAAAAUUGUUUAAUUUGAAGGCUUUGCCUCACUCCUUGGUUACCAAGGCUGCUAGACAAGGUGGGUGUAGGAAGAUACCAGGAAUUCUAUAUCCUGAGAAUUCAGACUUUGCCCGGAGAAGCAGAUUUGUUGCUUGGCGAGCAGCUGUUGAGAUGUCAACAACUGCUGAGCAGAUUGCUUUACAGGUUAGAGAGCUCUAUUCGAACAUAAGGUGGCUUGAUAUUGAGAACAAUCAUCCCCUAUGUGUAUUGGACAAGGAAUCUCGAAAAUCAGUCAGGCUGUUCAAAAAAUCAAUUGUACGCAGGAAGUGCACUGAAGGGCAAUCUGUGAAAUACCUUAUUGAUUUUGGAAAGAGAAGGGCUAUUCCAGAUGUUGUUCUUAAACAUGGUUUUUUAUUGGAACAAUCCUCUAGUGAGAGGAAAAAAUAUUGGCUGGAGGAGUCUUAUGUUCCAAUGCACCUUCUAAAGAAUUUUGAGGAAAAAAGAAUUGUCCGCAAGUCCACUGAUAAGAAACUUGGAAAAAUUCUUGAGUUUGCUAGAGUAAAGAAGAAAAUUCCUCAGCAAAGGGCAUUUUCAUAUUUGUUUACCAGAUUGGAAAGAUCUGAUUGUCAUCGGUGUGAGCACUGCAACAAAGAUAUUGCAACGAGGUAA